AUGGCUUCCACCGGUGUCGAAUUGACCGUUCAAUCUGAACGUGCUUUCCAAAAGCAACCCAUCUUCUUGAACUCCAAGGCUGCUCGCAAGACCACCAGAACCAAGCGUUGGUACAAGGAUGUCGGUCUUGGUUUCAAGACCCCUCGUGCUGCCAUUGACGGUCAAUACAUUGACAAAAAGUGCCCAUGGACCGGUUUGGUUUCCAUUCGUGGUCGUAUCUUGACCGGACGUGUGAUCUCCACCAAGAUGCAACGUACCAUUAUCAUCCGUCGUGAAUACUUGCACUACAUCCCCAAGUACAACCGUUACGAACGCCGUCACUCCAACUUGCCAGUUCACGUCAGCCCUGCUUUCCGUGUUAACUUGGGUGAUGAAGUUGUUGUCGGUCAAUGCCGCCCAUUGUCCAAGACUGUCGGUUUCAACUUGCUCAAGAUCACACGUUCCGCUGCUGAAAAGCAAGAGAAGACCUUCGGAAAGUUCUAA